UAUCUCCUGGCAUUUCUUUCAGCUUCGGGAGUACAAGGUGGUGGGGCGUUGCUUGCCAACCCCAAAAUGCCACACACCGCCACUGUACCGAAUGCGAAUCUUUGCACCCAACCAUGUGGUGGCCAAGUCCCGCUUCUGGUACUUUGUGUCGCAGCUGAAGAAGAUGAAGAAAUCAUCCGGGGAAAUUGUGUACUGUGGGCAGGUGUUUGAGAAGUCACCCCUGCGUGUGAAGAACUUCGGCAUCUGGCUGCGCUAUGAUUCCCGCAGUGGCACUCACAACAUGUACCGAGAGUACCGGGACCUGACCACCGCCGGCGCGGUCACACAGUGCUACCGAGACAUGGGUGCCCGACACCGUGCCCGUGCGCACUCCAUCCAGAUCAUGAAGGUGGAAGAGAUUGCAGCUGGCAAGUGCCGCCGGCCAGCUGUCAAGCAGUUCCACGACUCCAAGAUCAAAUUCCCAUUGCCCCACCGUGUGCUGCGGCGCCAGCACAAACCACGCUUCACCACCAAGAGGCCAAACACUUUCUUCUAGACACAGAGACCUACUGAAUAAAAGCUUCAGACUGUC